CUAAAAUUCCAGAGCUAUUUUCUUGUGGAAUCGGGAAGGUUUAUACAUAUUUGUUGAAACUUUAAUUCAUAUUUUAAAAAAAUAACAAUCAUCGAGCAAUACAUUCUUUGGAUAAUUUCGUAGAAAGAGUUUGAAAAGUUGAAACCUUGUAGUUUCUUAAUUAAAUACAUUUUUGAACCUUGGCUGAAAUAGAUUCCUUAAAAUUUAAAUUUAAAAUACGAAAAAUGUCAUGUGUUUGCCAAAAUGAAAUUGGCUUCCUCAAAAUCGAAGAUAUACAUGUGAACAAGUUUCCUUAAUACUUUCCUGAUGCUGAUGCGUACUUGUAAGCAUUUAAUUGAAUGCUAAAAACAAAUGAAUCUACGUGGGGGGACGUGCACACCGAAUUUCCUCGUUUUUUAAGGAUUUGAUUGAACCUAGGCUUCAUUUACAUAUAUGUACAUAUCCUUCCCGUUAUUCAUAUUUACAUUUCUUGACCAAGCCUGCCACUUGGUGUGUCAUCAAAAUCUGUAACAUCCAUUGCGCACGACCCGAACUGAUUUUGUGAAUAAAUAAUGUCAUGCUUAAUCCCAAUUUAUCAAUAUUCAGGUUUGACUGGAGUUAACAAAUAUUUUUGUACAUGCGUCACACGACAUCUCACUCGUGCUAUGCUCAUCGCUUAUUUGUAAGUCCAGUUCAUUCGCCUCACCUUGAAACUGACUGAGGUUAUGUACUUGUUGCCAUUGAAAUCUGUUUAUAUGAGUAUGUAUUUAGGUAUAAAUAACCUCUUAGGAAAAUGUGUAAUGUUACAAUUACAAAUAAGCGAGUAAAGUGUAAAUACAUAUAUGUAAAUAUUUCCCAGGCUGCACCAACCGAGAAAAUCACAUGUAUUAUUGGUGUCCCCGGUGUCAAUUUCGUGUUUGGGGCAUUAUUCGUGUAAAUAUUUUUUUAAACACGUUCGUAACACGUAUUACAAAAACGACUUUCAAACGGAUUCUUUAUCACCAAUUUUCUCGUUCAUAACACAUGUACAACCCGAGAAUUACAACAACCCGAAACUCGUAUUUUCGAACACCAGAAAUUCACGAGAAUUUCUAGUGUUGUUGGUCACAGAAACCUAAAUGCUGCUCUCUCCGUUGUAAAGAAAGAGGGACAAUUCUUUAGUUCGAGAUGAGUAAUGGAGAAAGCACGAUCAAGAAAAAUAUUCCGAAAAAGGCACACACACAGAGUUCACCAUCACCCGAAUAUUUGAUUUUUGAAGCAGAUGACAUCUCGGAUUAUUCUGACAAUAAUUUAUCCACGCAGUCAAAUCUAAGUGAUAGUGAUUUUGAACAGUCUAAUACGGAAAGUAGUGCAAGUGAUUUAAGGGGGUGGGCACUAAAGCAUAACAUUACAUUCUCUGCUUUAGGAGAUCUGCUGGAAAUUUUGAAUCGACAUCCUAAUUUUGAUUUACCGAAAGAUCCUAGAACACUUUUAUGCACUCCAAGAUCGACUACAAUUGAAAAGGUGGAGCCUGGCGAAUACGUACAUUUUGAGUGGAUUUCAUCCGUCGAAAAGUUAAUUCAAGUUCCAACAGCAGACUAUAUUAAAAUUCAAAUUAAUAUUGACGGAAUCCCCCUCUAUAAAAGCAGCACAAGACAAUGCUGGCCCAUUUUAGCGAAAAUUGUAGAAUAUAAUCAGGUCGUUGUAAUUGGAAUUUAUUCUGGUUUUGGAAAACCUACAAAUAUUAAUAAUUUUUUGAGACAGUUUGUCAACGAAUUCAACACCAUAGAGCAAUCUUCGAAUUUAAAACUUAAAAUAUCUGCAAUUGUGUGUGACGUCCCAGCAAGAUCAUUUAUUUUGGGGACAAAGUGUCAUAAUGGUUAUAGUUCUUGUGGAAAGUGUGACAUAAAGGGUGAAUAUUUGGAUAAUAGAGUUACCUUUCCACCAGGAAACUAUAAUUUAAGAAAUAACGAAAAUUUCCGAUCAAAAUUAGAUACAGCACAUCAUAAUCAAGCCUCAAUAAUAGAAUUACUACCCAUUGAUUUAGUAGAAGAUGUGCCAGUCGAUUUUAUGCAUCUUGUGUGCCUGGGAGUGACCAGAAAAUUACUAUUUUUAUGGGUGAAAGGAAAAAAAUGUCCAGGUCGUCUGCGUCCUCACCAAGUUGACCAAUUAUCCACUAAUUUGCUAAAAAUCAAAACCUCAAUACCAAAAGAAUUUUCAAGUAAACCACGUCCAAUUAGAGAUCUCGAACACUGGAAAGCAACUGAAUACAGACAGUUUAUUUUAUAUACUGGCCCCACAGUUUUGAAGAAAAUCCUUGCUCCUCAAUUUUACCAGCAUUUUUUGUGUUUCCACGUAGCCAUCACGAUUCUUGCAAAUCCUAACACUUAUCUGAGUAAAAAUAAUUAUGCACAAGAGCUACUAAUAUAUUUCGUUAAUAACUUUGGUGAAUUAUAUGGGAAAAAGUAUAACAGUCAUAAUCUUCAUAAUUUACUACAUUUAUCCCGGGAUUGCAUUCGACACGGUCCCCUUGACCAAUUUAGUGCUUUCCCGUUUGAAAAUAAGUUACAACAAAUAAAGAGAUUGGUGAGAUCUCCAUCUCUCCCCUUGCAACAAGUUUACCGGCGGUUAGUUGAAAGAGAAAAAAUAGACCUGUCCUCUUUCAAGCAGCCAGUUUGUCAAGUAUCGUUUUUCCAAGUCGACAUUAAUUCACCCGAGUGUUUCAAAGUGUGUAAGUUUGCAAAUUUCGAAUUAUCCAACAAAUUAGGGAACAAUUUUUGCAAACUAAAAGAUGGAACUAUAAUUAAAAUUCACCAUUUUGUUAGAGGAUCACCUUCAGAAUUAUUUGGACAGAAGUUUAAAAAACGUGAAGAUUUUUUUCAAUCUCCUUGUCCUUCUUCUUUAAUUGGUGUUCAACUUAUCUCCGACUUGAGUGCAGUACGAAGAUUUAAUAUUAAUUUAAUCGAAUCAAAAUGUGUAGUACUUCCAUUUGAGACUGAAUUUAUAUGCUAUCCCUUGAUUCACAGUGAAAUUCAGUGACUUUUUACAAUGCAGUACUCUAUAGUUC